CAGCAACAGCAGAAACCCGCUCAGACUGAACAUCCCCGGACAGAGAGCGGUACAGACAUCCAGCCUCUCCGUUACUCGUCGACUCUUUUAUUUUGAUGGGUUAACCUGCGACGGGAAACAUGCCGAAGAUCAACUGAGACAAUCCAACCUGAAGACACUUUGAGAUGGACUGACACCGUGCACUCUUUCUCUAACAUCGUGUUGCCGGUGGUCGCGUUUUUUUUUGGCACAUUGUCAUCCCCUCUGAUGUGCAGCUGUUACCUGCGGACAGCCCCACCUGUGACCUGCAGACAGCCUCACCUGUGACCUGCGGACAGCCUCACCUGUGACCUGCGGACAGCCUCACCACGGAGCCUCACACACAUCUAGCUUCUUCUGAGAUGGCCCGUGCAGAGACCAUCGAGAGCGUCGGGGAAACCGGAGGAGGAGGAAACAGCCCUCUUCCUGGACACAGCACCUGCCGCAUGGAGCUGCCUCGGCCUUUCCACACCUGGCCGGGCCUGCUCACCACCGCCACCAUCACCACCACCGGCAGCGCUGGCGCGGGGGCCGGCAUGCACCCGCACCAUUUGCGCCCUUUGCAGGCCCUCUACUUUUCCUACCCGCUGCCUUACCCCCACCCCGAGGGCCAGGACGAGCCCCAGACUCACCAGCAGUUUCCUGCGUUAUCGCCAUCGCCAUCACCGACGCCUCCUCCUUCACCGCCGUGCAAUCACAGGGAGGAGAGAGGUGGAGGAGGAGCAUCCUGUGCCUUCUCAGGAGAGCAGUCAGACUCGGAGAGAGGAGAGGAGCACUCCGAUGCCUCCAGCCGUCUGGGACCUUUGCCCGACCUGCUGCCACAGAACGAGCCACAGCCCUCCAUGGCGCGCCGAGGUGAGGCGGCGCAGGAGCUGGAGAUCAGGAGAGUGGCUCACCAGCUGAGGAUGAUCGGAGAUGAGUACAACGCCACGGUGCUGCACAGAGCGCACGCUGCCCCCCACUGGCAGGACUGGAGAGACGCCUGCAGAGGACUCUUCAACUUUAUCACGCAGACUCUCAGCACUCUCUACAGGCUCACGUAGAAAAGAGACGUCUCACUUUAAAAUCCAACAGUUACCAUGGCGACUGUUGAUCGUGAACAGAGCAGCUGGAUGCUCCAUUGAAUUUGCAGGACUAGCUCGUCCUCAAAUCAAACUUGAACCGAUCAUUUUGGAGGAUUUUGGAGAUCAGCGGCUGAAAGUCAGGAGGAGCGCCACCUGCUGGCUGGCCUCGGGGUGCAACCUGUGGAAACUGGACCCUUCAUUGUCCGUCACUCUGCAGUCUGCUGGUCCAGACUGCAUCCAGGCGGAGUCUUUGUAUAUCUUGUAAAAUCAAAUCUUUCUCUGUCGAUGUUAACGCCUCGGGGGGAUGUUCUCCUUUUGGAGCGGGCAUGGCUCAAGUGUUCAUUUGUGUGUGUGUGUGUGUGUGUGUGUGUGUGUGUGAAUGUGUGUGUGCAUGGCAGACCUGGGUCAAACUGAAGGUAUUUUUGGAACAUUUGAAUUCCAUCUUGAAAACAUUUCAAAGAAUUUAGGAUUUGGGGUGUCAGUGCAGACGAGUCUGUUCGUAGGUGAAACUCUCUCUUGGAGCUUUUCCCUUUUUGUUUCGAUAUCAGUCUCUCUUUUUUUUAAGGAGCAAAUUGAUUUCUGUCUGAUUCUUCCGUUUGUUUAUGUCCAGUUUUUGUGUUCUCAUCAUAUUUUCUGAGUAAAUCUCACCUUCUGACACCCUCUGAGUUGAUAAAAACUAAUUUAUAAAAUGGUUACAGACGUGAUUUGACCCUGGUCUGAUGUGUGUGUCUCUCUGUUGUGUCUUUCUUCUGCUUCCUGUUGCCCCCCCCCCCCCCUCCCCCCACACACACACACACACACGUUGUGAUAAACUGUGAAACUGGACGCUGUAUUUUGCAUGGCAGGGAAAACGUCGGCUGUUAUUCCACUGUGGAGCGCAGCACAGAGUGAACCUCUCUCCCAAUCUGAAACUGCUUCAUGUGAUCGCACGACGUGCCUUUCUGAUCAAAAACAACGACAAUCACCUGCACACACACACACACACUCAAAGAAACACACACACACAUGCUCGCUAAGUGCUUUGCUUACACUCGCUUAACUCGUUUGCAUCACAUUCAGACGAUGCAGCGUCAGCACGGCUUCAGGUCACUUAAGGACAGAAACAGUUCAAUCCCCCUCCUGGCACACUUUAAAUUCAAACCUUUCACCCGGUCAGCGUUGGGAGCUCGCAGGGUCCGCCUGUGUCCACAGUGUUUGUUGAUACUUUUGUUUGUACAUAUUUUUUUUUUUUUUCAGAAGAUGAAUCUAACAAAUAUGUCGACGGACUUUAGAAGUACUUAUCAAAGCGAGCGCUGUUUGUUUGUUUGUUUGUUUGUUUGGGAGAUCUUUUUUUUUUUGCAUUUCUGAGCAGAGUUUGAUUUAAAUCCAGUGGAUUUGAGACGGUAUUCAAAGAGUUAAAGAAAUGAAAAUGAUUUGGA